GUAAGAUUGAUGCCAAAACGUGUUAAAAUUUAGUGACAAAUUAUUUGUUGAUUUUUAAAAGUAUACACAGCAAACAGAAGAAAAGACACGGUAUCUCAGCUGGAGUACUAUAAUAUGCUGCCUGCUUAUAGCAACAGUUUUCUUUCCCUCUGGAAGAGCACAAUUUUCGUGUACAAAUUUUUAUCUCGUUAAUAUAUCAAACUGGAUAAAUUAAUACAAACGCCCCUUUGGCCGCCUGCACAAGGAAUUAAGCCAAAAGUUGCUAACAGCUUUUUGUUGUUGCAAAUAAGCAAACAACAAAAAAAGCAAAGAAAAUUUAAAAAAAUAAAUUGAAGUGCAAAGGAGGAAGAAAUUUUGGUUGAUUUUAUUUUAUUUAUAUAUUUUCUUGCAUAACUUGAGUGGCCAAUAAAAUUUGUCAAACUGAAGCAAUUGUCGGAAGACGUAACGGUGCUGUUGAAAAUCAAAAAAAUGGACAGCAUCGUCGAAGAGAAUGGUAAUUCCAAUAACGUAGACGAAGGACACAAUUUAUCAACAGCACAACAACAGAGCAACAAUUCAACAAAUUCCACCACAAUUAAUGUACCACCACCGCCAUCAUCGUCAGUUUUAACCACAACAUCAAAUGUGGUACAAUAUCUGCCACCACAUGGUCUGCAGUCGGUGAUACAAGCAGCAAAUCAAUCCUCUGUAAUACAAACCGCCGCCACCACAAACGCCAUGUCCAAAAACGUAGUUUUUGUUAGCAAACCGAACACGACGGUAAUACACACCACAUCAGGAAAUGCUGUCCAGCUCCCCCCAAAUUUUCUAUGUAAGAUUAAACCAGAACCGAACACACACCACCUCGAUUCAAAUAGUGAGGACAGUCUAACGGAUGAAGACUCACCUCGACGACACAGAGAACUCACAAGAAGGCCAUCGUACCAUAAAAUAUUUACUGAAAUCAGUGGACCCGAUAUAUCAGAUAACAGCGGCAUAGCCGAAGAUCAAACCCGGAAACGUGAGAUAAGAUUGCAGAAGAAUCGUGAAGCGGCACGUGAAUGUCGUCGCAAGAAGAAGGAGUACAUAAAGUGCCUGGAAAAUCGGGUCGCGGUGCUAGAAAACCAAAACAAAGCGCUUAUAGAGGAAUUAAAAUCGCUUAAAGAGCUGUAUUGUCAGUCGAAGAAUGAUUGAGAAAGACAAGAAACGAACGAGGCGGAACUUAAUGAUGAUAAUGAUGAUGUUGACGAUGAUGAUAAUUGUGUACAUACACUUAAAGUGUUCGGGAACAUGGAAAGUAAUGUGAAACUCAAUAAAAGCGAACACAACUACAACAACUACAACAAAAACAAGCAAAUUAAAGUUGUUGCGGUGUUCGCAACGGCUAGAACAGUUGCGCCUACUAAACAUUGUGAACCUGAUUAGACGAAAUUCUAUAAUUUUUGUCUGAAUUACUUAAUUUUUUGAAUUUUACAAAAAAAAAAAAAACAAAAAAAUUUAAAACUUACGUUAUAGUACAGAAUUAUAAACAAAAUAAAAAAAUUUUAAAAAAAUAUCAAUUUCAUGUUGGAGACUUUGACAAAUAUUAAUUCAAGCCCUGACUUGUACAUCUGUGUGUGAAAAUUUGUAGAUUCGUGUCGUGUGGAGACACGUUAAAUGAUGCUUGAAAUAAUUUUGAACUCGUAAUACAAAAUAAAUUAAUUUAAAGUAAAAAAAACUAAAUUUCGUUAUUGUAUUUCAAUGUUAGAACAGCGGCAUUCAUACAUUCACACAACCAAAGUCUACACUUGUGGAGACUUCAUCAAAAAAUUUGAUUUUCAUUUAUUUAUUUAGGUGAAAUGAUUGUAUGAAUUCGCUCAAAUAAAAUAAAUACAUAAAAUAUUACAUUGAAAUUGUAUAUUUUAUUUGUUUAUAUAGUUAAUAGCAUAA